AUGUCUGAGGAGGAACAGAAGAAAAGUGCAGUUAAUACAAGUGAAAAUGAGAAAUCGUCAGGUUAUUUUAGUGAUGUGAAGUUUGAUUCCUCAAAUAUUUGCGAUAAUCUUAAGAAAGCUCUUAAGGAAAUGGGAAUGGAAACAAUGACAGAGAUUCAGGCAAAAGCAAUUCCUAGAAUCUUGAGUGGAAAGGACGUACUGGGAGCAGCAAAAACAGGUUCAGGUAAAACUUUAGCAUUUCUAAUUCCCGCAGCAAAUCUGCUAUAUAAUGUAGAGUUCUUGCCUAGAAAUGGAACAGGGGUUAUUGUAAUUUCUCCAACUAGAGAAUUAAGUCUUCAAAUUUAUGAAGUAUGUAGAGAACUUUGCAAAUAUUUGCCACAAACUCAUGGUUUAGUUAUGGGAGGAGCAAAUAGAAGAACAGAAGCAGAAAAACUUUCCAAAGGUAUCAACAUAUUAGUGGCAACCCCAGGAAGACUUUUGGAUCAUUUACAAAAUACAAAACAAUUUUUAUAUAAAAACUUAUUGAAUUUAGUAAUUGACGAAGCUGAUCGAAUUUUGGAGAUUGGUUUUGAAGAAGAAAUGAAUCAAAUUAUUAAGUUACUUCCAAAGGAAAGGCAAACUUCUCUGUUUUCUGCUACUCAAACAACUAAAGUUGCCGAUCUUGUUCGACUUUCACUUAAGAAUCCAGUUUUAGUUGAGUCUAAGAAUACUUCUGCUUCAGCAACGGUUUCAGGACUUGAGCAAGGAUAUGUUAUAGCUCAAGCUAAUCAGAGAUUCUUAUUACUAUACACCUUUCUUAAGAAGAAUAGGGACAAAAAAGUAAUGGUCUUUUUUAGUAGUUGUAUGUCAACCAAAUUUCAUGAAGAAUUAUUUAAUUAUGUUGAUUUAACUUGCUCAUCUAUUCACGGAAAGAAGAAACAAUCAUCCAGAAUGCAAACAUAUUAUGAUUUUUGUUCAGCUGAGAAAGGUCUACUAUUGUGUACUGAUGUUGCUGCUAGAGGUUUAGACAUUCCAAAUGUAGAUUGGAUUGUCCAGUACGACCCACCUGAUGAUCCUAGAGAAUACAUUCAUAGAGUUGGAAGAACUGCAAGAGGAGCAGGUGGUACUGGUAAGGCUUUAUUAUUUCUGCUCCCAGAAGAAAUUGCUUUCCUUCAAUAUCUUAAAAAAAUGAACAUUCCACUAAAUGAAUACAUUUUUGGAAAGAACAAAAUUGCAAAUGUACAGAAUCAGCUUGAAAGACUCAUAGAGAAAAAUUACCAUCUCCACUGCUCAGCUAGAGAUGCUUAUAGAGCAUAUUUGCAUUCAUAUGCCUCGCAUGCACUUAAAGAUGCAUUUAAUGUAUAUUCCCUUGAUUUACAGCAAAUUGCAUUCAGUUUUGGGUUUAGUACACCCCCCAAAGUGGAUCUGAAUCUGAAAUCUGGUGGAAAAGCUUCCAGAAAUGCAGGCAGUAAAUCUAAGAAUAAAAGUAGCAAUCCAUACUUUAAAUCUGGCCACAAAUUUUCUGCUGCUAAUCCAUAUGGUGUUAGGGAUAAAAAUGACAACAGACAGUUUGUUAGAUAG